AGCUUGGUCUCCAGGCAGUGGCAGCCCCACAAAAAGUACCCCCGAAUGGCCCUGGUGCAGUAGUUUUCCCUUUAGUCAUCAUGAGAUCAACAUUACUUAUCAACAUUACUUUGAUUGGGUUUGGAGCUCUUUAAAAUCAUUUACUUAUCACUAUUCUCGUCCUAAUAUCGUUUUGUUGAUUGGUCCUACCUUUUCUCACUUGUACAGAAAGUCAAAAACAUGUCCUCCUCUCACCACGACGCCUCUGGCGCACGUGGAAGCGAGCUCGAUGAAGCUGAGGCAGGCAUCUGCAGUUUUGCUGUGUGGGCUAGGCCUAGAGGAUUGGGAGGACAGAUCAAAGUCGAGAUGGAAGACUUUGAGGUGAUUGAGCAGGAGAAUCCGAGGAUACGGCGGAAGAUGGAGGAGUUCCCGGAUCAUCGCGACGAGGAUGCAAUACUUGCAACUCCGUCAACGAGUCCCGGCGCUUCAUCGAGUUCAUCAUCUUCGAGUGAAGAGGACGAGGAUGGUGGAGAGAAAAGGGAACUGCCUUCAAGAAAGCGACAACGACUUAGCCCUAGCAAAGGUAGCGAUGAUACAACAGCGUUGCUCGAAAAUUUUCAAGUCGGCGGGUCAUCUAGUUCUACAUCAUCUACUUCGCGGAAGCACAACAACAAAGAGAAGAAGUGCACGAAAAAGCACCAAGCAAAUUACAAAGGCUUCAACGCUAUCGAGGAUUCCUUCUGUUUUCAUUUCUGGAUGCGCAAGCGCGGUGUCGACACACUCGAAGGGAUCUCGAAACUUGCUGUGCUCACCGGAUUACCAGUCCGCGCUUUCGGAAUGGCAGGGAUAAAAGACAGCUUUGCUGUAACGCAGCAACGCCUAUCCGUGCAGAUUUCGAAAGGUUUCUUGGAAAAUCAUGUUGUUGUAGCUGAUGUGGUGGAAGAAGACUGCGGUCCACGACGUCGCUCUUGCGGUUCCCGAAGCAACUCCUGGGCAUUGAAACGUGUCCGACAUCUUUUUGCUGAAGCUGGUAUUUGGGAACAAGACAUUGGCGGAGACAAAUCUCCUAAGGCUCCUGUCACUCCAGACGACUACGCCACUCUCUGCGGUGAACAUGGAAUUUCCGUCGCCGACGUCACGUGUGAGCCUGUGCCACUCUUUCCAGGAAACUUGGCGGGAAACAAGUUUAAUCUGGUGAUACGGAAUACCGUUUUGUCUGCGUCCUGUGGAGACGAAGGAGAAGGUACAUCAACUGCAAACCCAACAUCACGCCGUCAGAUCGUAGAGCAAAGUUUCCUUGAUUUACGCGACAAGGGUUUCAUCAAUUACAUUGGUCUACAGCGCUUCGGAAAGAAUGGUACGCGGUCAGAUAGAAUCGGUCUGCACUACUUCAAACGAGACUACGUAGCCUGUUUCGAAGAACUCUUGUAUGGUUCGCCUGCUGCGCAACAGAGCACAACGGUAGGGAGCGGCAGUGGCGCGCGUGGUGGACGAGUUGGUGGAAAUAUGGUUGUCAGUAGGUCAUCUGUAAUUAUAUCUGGUGGUGAAGCUGAGCAACUGCAACACGAGCCGUGCCAAGAACAUGGCUCAUCCGCGGCAUCAUCAUCACGCCCUCAACGUGAUACUUGUCGCCGACCUGCCUUGCCUAAAUGGGCAGCGGCUUUUCAAAGGACUGGAUGUUGGGAGACUGCUUUGAAGUACUUGCCUGAAAGGCUGUGGGCUGAGAGGAGGCUGCUGAUUGCAUUUGGAAAGACGCCUCCCUAUUCUCAUUCAUCUGCCGAACAUCAUCAUAAUAGCCAAAGCCAUCAGACAAAUUCGUCGAAGCAGCGUCGUUCCUAUGCUGAAUGUUGCCGUUACGCAUUCUUGUCGUUGCCAAGGAACAUCCGGGUUCUCUAUGCUCACGCCUACUUAGAUAGGAUCUGGAAUUUCGCUGCGAGCGAAAGGGUUAGGACAUAUGGAGCUGAGAGAGUCGUGAAAGGGGAUUUGGUUGUGGUGGCUUCCGAAGCCCGUACUCCCGGUGUUGGAGAUGUAGCACACAGCGACAGCAGCUUAACCAGGCACAAGAAAGGCAAUCGCACGGAACUCAUAAAGCUAGUGGCAACCGAUGACGAGGCAAAAGAGUACUCGAUUUUCGAUGUUGUCCUUCCGAGAAUGGGCCACAAGCAUCUAUGUGGUAGAGAAGCCAUGCCAACGCAUAGUGUCGCAAAGGUUAUGCGGGACUACCUCAGCUACGACGGCUUAUUAGAAGAUUUGGAAUUGGAUACUCCUUUGACGUCAUCGGAAAACGAGGACUACGACACACACGACUCACCACCAGCGGACACCUCUCACAACAACGACACACACGACUCAGUUGACGAAUCAGGUUUCGGCGUUGAGAUGCACUUGGAUCCCGCUGCCGCAGAUCUCCGUUGCACCAGUUUCUGGCGUAUUCCUGGCGAUUAUAGACGAGUAUUGCAAAGGCCUAAGGAGUUGACGUGGGAUAUCUGUGAAAAUGGUGACGUUGGUUCAGCUUCAGUAUCUGAUUCCAUUUCCAAAACAUCUAGUUCUGGAGAUUCAUCUAAAGAACCCAUAGUUAAGACCUCUUUCAUCCUCGGCCCAGGUCAGUAUGCGACAGUGCUAAUCCGUGAACUGCUUUCAAGUAGGCAGCCCCCACCUCCAAAACAAGUAUUUUUCGACUCUGAUAGUGAUUAGUGAAUGACAGCGACUUUGAAUUUGUUGGCUGCACCCCGCCAUUCUUGCUCUUGGUCUACUAUCUGAUUUUCAAAAAAUGCUGCCGCUGCCAAAACCAU